UUCUUCAGAAAGAGAGAGAGUAUGUGGGCGAGUACGAAAGCGUGCGUACAACGGAGAAGUAUUUUUCUGUGCAGAGAAGGAGAGAGAGAGGGAGCGAAAUCAAACCGACGACGAACAGACGGAUCUGGGUCAACGAUGUCUGACCGGAAAAACGACAACUCAAGGGGUAGAAGUGUAAAAUAACUCCGAAAGAGAAAUAGAGAGGGCGGACAUAGUCGGAGAAGGGAUUGAUAGAGAUAGCUUAGCGAUGAGAACAAGGAGAGGGCUUUGUUACCCUCGAGUAGGAUGUGGAGGAGUGGGAGACGUAUUCCUUUUAUCGGAGAAGAGUGAAGUAGUGAAGAGGAGAAGAGAUUUCUCCGGAGAACACAUGGUUUGCCGGAAAAGGAAACGGAAUUCGUCGGUUGUUUCCGGGAAGUCUGAUUUGUUCGAUGCCUUGCCUGAUGAUCUUGUCAUUUCUAUUCUCUGCAAACUCAGCUCCACCGCCGGAUGCCCCUCCGAUUUCAUCAACGUUCUGAUAACGUGCAAGAGGUUAAACGGAUUGGGUCUCCAUUCUCUAGUAUUAUCCAAAGCUUCACAAAAAACGUUUGCGAUAAGAGCGAAGAACUGGUCCGAGUCCGCCCACCGCUUCUUGAAACAGUGUGCCGAUGCAGGAAACGUGGAGGCCUGCUACUCUCUCGGCAUGAUUCGAUUCUACUGCUUGCAUAAUCGAGGGAGCGGAGCCUCGCUGAUGGCCAAGGCCGCGAUUAGCUCUCACGCACAGGCCCUUUACUCGCUGGCCGUAAUACAGUUCAACGGCAGCGGUGGCUCCAAGAACGACAAGGACCUCCGAGCCGGCGUUGCUCUCUGCGCGCGAGCUGCCUUCCUAGGUCAUAUCGACGCGCUCCGUGAGCUGGGACACUGCCUACAGGACGGAUACGGCGUGCGCCAGAACAUCACCGAGGGGCGCCGGUUUCUCGUGCAAGCGAACGCUCGGGAGCUCGCCGCCGUAAUAUCCUCGGCUUCUGCUUCAGCCAUCCCUACGCGUUCUUGGUUCACGUGGAAUCCGCCCCAGCAUCCCCAUCCCCGGAACUUUAGCUGCGGGGGCUGUCCGUUGCUGAGCGACUUUGGGUGCAACGUGCCGGCGCCGGAGGCCCACCCGGCUAGCCGGUUCUUGGCUGAGUGGUUCGCAUCGCGGGGCGGAUCCCCGGGUCAGGGUCUGAGGCUCUGCUCCCACUUGAGUUGCGGGCGACCUGAGACAAGAAGGCACGAGUUCCGUCGAUGUUCAGUUUGUGGCACCGUCAACUACUGUUCCCGCGCAUGUCAGGCCCUCGAUUGGAAGAUGCGGCAUAAGGCAGACUGUACUCCUACCGAGCGGUGGGUGGACGAUGACGACGGCGACGGCGCCGCUAAUGGCGAUGCGGAAGAUUACGAUGGCGGAGUUAAUGGGGAAAACGAUGAAGUCAUUGCUGAGAGCUAGUUGUAACCUUUACUAUGACGGAACGAUCACGGCAGAUAACUUGGGUUAAUAGGAUAAAUAAAAAGUCAGAGAAGGCAGGAAAAACAAAACAAAAAGAAAGAAAUGAGGCCAUUUUGGUAAAGAGACAUAAAUUACGGGGAAUUUUUGGGGGGCAAAAGAAAUGGCCGUUGGGACGGUUGGGUAGCACGGAGUUCUGUUCUUCCCCCGUCUCCGUUUUUUGUAUAGAGGGGGGAUUUUGUACUAAGUAUUGGGGGGCCUUCUUUUUCUCUCUCUGCUCUCUUUUUGUACUUUUUGUACUGUAGAGAAGUUGUCAGCCUUAACUUACGAAGAACAAGGAAAGUCGGAUUUAAUUUCGGAAAA